AUGUAUCACAUUUUAACAUACAAAAAUCAUGAACCAAAAAUAGAUGAUAGUGCUUUCAUAGCAGGAGGCUCAUACAUUGUAGGUAAGGUUGAAAUUGAAAAAGAUGCAAACAUUUGGUUUAAUUGUGUGUUAAGGGGAGAUGUUGGAUCAAUAAAAAUAGGUGCAGGAACAAAUAUUCAAGAUGGAACGGUGAUUCACGUCGAUAGAAAUCCUGGAGGUGAUACAAUUAUUGGUAAUAUGGUAACAAUAGGACAUUUCUGUCUAUUGCAUGCAUGUACAAUUCAUAAUAAGGCAUUUGUAGGCAUGAACUCCACUAUCAUGGACCAUGCUGUAGUUGAAUCUGGAGCUAUGGUUGCAGCCGGUUCUUUAGUAACAGUAAGAAAAGUAAUAAAAAGCGGAGAAAUAUGGGCUGGUAGACCAGCAAAAUUUUUUAAGAAGAUGUCUGAUGAAGAAAUAAAACGUAUUGCAGAAUCAGCAGAAAAUUAUAUCAUGUUAUCAAGGAAGUAUAAAUUAUAG